AUGUCGAGAGAGGGAACAAAGCCUGUCGCUGGGCGAGCAAACAUUAAUAUCCAUAAUACUGCUACGGAUGAUCACGGGGACGACGGCCCUUCCGUUGGUGUCACUGCUACAGUUCUCCGUCCCUCGAGGCGCGCGUUACAUCGCCGGGCUGUGAAGCGAUAUAACGACAAACAGAAGAAGGAGGAAAGCAAACGUUUAGCGGAGGAGCGAGAUCAGAAACUCCUUGAUGUCGUCGGAAAGGUUGGUGAUCGCACCUGUGGUGAAAGUGCCAGUAACGUUAUCUCUUCCGUCAGCGUUGUUGAUAAACCCCGGCGGCCAGGGGGUGGCGGUGACCGAGAGGCAGGUAAACAUGUUUUAAUGGGCAAGUGGGAGUUUGACUUUUUCUUCCGGACAUUGCCCUCCGAACUGCUUCGCACAUGCAAGGACUCUUCCGAUGUGGGAAAUUCUCCAUCUCAGCACCAACUCCAGGAAGUCACGCCGGUUCCGAAUCCAUCGUCAUCGGGGUUAUAUGCGGAAGAGGAGCAAUCCCUCGUUGUGAUCUCAGAAGGCGAUCGGGAACGUCCGUUUAGAGGAUCGAUGCCGUUAAAAGCCAGUGCGCAAAGCGGGGCACUCCGCGGAAGUUUUGUUAGACGCGUUGAGGGUGUUCCACCUCUUCCCAUGCCGUUGCCACUGGCCAGUGGGACUGAUCUUGACCAGCCACCGUGGAACUAUCUUGUCCCAGACCCAAUGUAUAACGUGCAUCAGUACGUACCGGGGUUUGGACGUGAUGAGGGCGCGGCGAAGCGCUCGUUACUUUCGUGCGCUGUGAGAGAAUGGCGAGGUGGAGAGGAUAGAGUUCUCGUACUCUCUACUGGUGAGGCACUGCGUAGUGUUUUCAGAGCGUCGUAUUCUGAUGAUCGGACGCUUGUGCUGCAGGUGCGGCGUGUUGGUCCAACUUUGUUGGUUGAUUCACACGGCGAAGAAGUGAUGCGGUCAGGGGUGCGGGAUAUGCGUAUGAAGUCACUACUCGGGAAGGCGCUCUACCGUAUUUUGGGCGGGGCCAUCACCAAACAACAUAUGGAAGGCGUUAGCGCUUCAAACCCCAGUGGCCAGGGUGUUGUGGCGCUGCCAAUGCACCGAAUCGGUUCCGCCAACCUCACCAAGCGUGUUCACGAGCUGAGUCGGUACUCACAUAUAUUGCAUUGGGAAAUCGGUGCAAUGGAUGCGUUAGUCGGUGUUGACACACCUGUUGUGAUUGACGGAAGAGAUAACACGGAGCAUGUGCUGAGCCUGAGGGACACAUCCAUUCCAACGACCCCGGAAGAGUCGCAGCACGAAGCACUUAACACUUGGUUUGAGGCAACCCUCGCCAACGUUCCACAUGUUGGUGUAUACGUUCACCAUGAUGGCAUUGUUCAAGGAUAUGAGGUUAGGAAAGCACAGGAGAUGCUCGGACUGGUUGAGCGCCGGAUGGCCGCUACAGCUAUGAACUUUACAACAACCGUCUUGCAGUGGUUGAUGACUCAGUGCAAGAAGGACGGUGCGACAUACGCCGUGAUUCAAAACUACGAAACCGGGGCGCUGGAGGUUUACGAAUGUUUCACGGACGACCACUUGGAGCGUUUCUUGCCGGAGGACGGCACCGUCUCGGAUGACGAGGUCAGAGAUAGCGGCAGCGCCGCCACCAAAAAGCAAGCGGAGGAGGAAAGUCGACAACGCGAGGAGAAUGAGCGGUUGAAUUGGGGGUUGGCCACAAUGUGUUUCCGUAUGGGAAUGCAUCUCAAGGAUUCCGUGGAUAAGGCCCCAGACGCAUUGUCCCUUCUUCUCCGGAGUUUUGCCGUGUACUUUAUGCAACGGAGGAGGGUGGAGGAAGCUUGUCCCCACAUCUGCGACAUCCUAAAGGUGCUUCCAGAUCUUGUGGGUCUUGUCAUCCGCAAUAAGAAGGCCGCUCUCGAGGGAGAAGGCGGCAUCAUACAACUACCCGAAAUAUGCCGUGAGGUUUUUAUCACGUGUGGUCGCUUUGGAAUUCGUUUGCAAGAGUCUGUGGUCGAUGAGUCUCUGCCUCUUCCCACGCGUCGUUCCCUUCUGCAAUGUCUUCUGCCGUGUAGCGCGGCGCUUUGUGUGUGUGUGGUAUGUGCUAUUGAACAGUUUUGCGUAGAGCGAGCCACAUACUUGCGGUUGAAGGCGGGGUGCGGCAAAAGCAGCGACGUGCAUAUUCACAGCCUCGUUGCGAAGGACCUUCUGCAGGUGGUUGUAGAGGGUUUGUUACGGUUGGAGAAUAUGAAAGUGGCAGUGGCAAGUGGAAUGGAACUCGUGCAUUGCGUACCUGCGUGCGAUGUGGUGAAGGAGCACGCGCUAAUUGACACGAAAACAGACAUUAUUGAUAUUACACCGCUCGUGAAGACUCUGUGGGAGCUCUACGCAGAUGUUGUUCUUUUGGCUAUGAGCGACCCAACGCCUUUCACAGCAAACGUUCUCGUUGAACUCAGCCGUCGCAUCAAGACACGUGAGGAACUACGCAGUGAGGUUGCCGAUAUACGUGGUGCUAUCGGCACCUCCGCUGUUGGUGAGUCUGUGUUGACGUGGCUGUCCUCUAUCACUUAUGACAUAGUUUCACUUUCGUACACGGCCUUGAGGUUUAUCACGAAGGUGGGUGUGCAAUCAAAACGACUUCUGGCGAAAACUUCACAGGUUUAUUAUCAUGUCGGGCACCAUUACCUACUCACCGAUCGUUAUACCAAGGCACUGGAUUCGCUGCACCGCGCGCAGUCGCUGUUCAAGGUAGCGGAAGAUGCAGUAGUGGAUUCGUCCCUCGGUGAGUGCUGUACUUCUUCCACAGCCGUAACGCUCAAGGAUGUACGGUACUCCCUGGGUGAGACGUUCCUUCGCAUGGCUAACUUAAAGUUGCGUCUUACAUCACCGACUGUGACCAACACACUACAGCAGCCUCUAGCCAUGGGUGACACCCGACCACUCUCACCCGAAGAGGACUCCUUCUACCGACAGGCAGUUGACCACUUCACACACUGCGAGGCCAGAGAGAAACUCGCGUUUGCUCUUCGUAUGUAUGCGUGUCGGCAGAUUUCGCACAUUAUCUCCAGCGGCCAUCAGGGUGAUGGACCCAAAGGGCGGAAUAUCUGUUCGAUGCUUCGGCGGGCUUCGGAGUUGACGGGAUGCGGUGCACUGCUCCAGUGGGAAGUCUUGCGGUUGUUCAGCUGCACGGCACCACACGGGGCGCUGCAGCGCUGGUCGGAGGAGCUGCACCAUCAAUGGGGUGAUUCCGCUGUUUCAAUGGGAGCCGGUGUGCCGAAGGAAUUGAGCGGAACCGUCCACCCACUGGAGUUCCAGCUGCAGAUGGCUCUUGUGGCAGUGGGUUUGUCUGAUACGAAAGGUGUGAGGGAACACAGGUCGCUUGGUUUCGCGCGGAGCUGGGCAGUUUACCUCACCGUUGCCCUUAAAGGUGUACAGGCUGCGUACGACCCUACAAAUGAAGCGCUUCUGAAUUCGUUAACCCCGUGGAAGGUCGGGUGUGCACACGAAUGGGUGUACCGCAAUUCAUUGUCAAUAUCCCUUCGGGGUGCAGUCGCGGUUGCCCGGAUGCUCGUGGGUAACAAAGCAAUAGGGGCGAAGUCCUUGUGCUCGUUGCUUGGUGAUAUGUUGAAUAAACUUGAUGAAAAGAGAAAUGCGAAGGCCGUGGCAGCAUGUAAUGGGAAUUGCUACAGUCUCCAAGCAAUCCCCGCACUUAUUCAGGCGUUGGAAAGUGUCACCGGCUGGUAG